AUGAAAAAAGCUGAGGCACAAAUGACCCUCAGAAAGGGGGCCGAUAUGGCGCCCCCUAGCCCCAUCAUCCCCCCAAAACGGUCCAAAGUAAGCCCUGAACAAAUUGUCCCGGAAACUCGAGGAUCCGCUCAUCCUUCACCAACUCCACCAGUUUUUACACGCAAAAUGAGGAAUGCAGCCGUAGGUACAGGCUGUGACAUCCGUCUCAAAGUGACUGUGGCUGGAGACCCCCAGCCCUCCUUGUACUGGUAUCACAAUGAGGAACUCCUCAACAUGGACAACCAGGAAUAUGGAGGCCUCUGGAUUAGGGAUUGCAAACCCAGUGAUGCUGGCCUCUACACCUGCAUCGCCAAUAAUCACCUGGGUGAAGCUCGGAGCAGCGCUGUACUUGCUGUCUUGGAUCUUGGUGAAGAUUCUGAGACAACAGACGAUGAAGGUGGAGAACAAUUUGAGACCAAAGAAGAUAGUGGGGAUUUUGAGGACCAGGCUGCGCAUACAGUGAUGGACAAAUGUGCAGAUGAUGACAGUAGAACACACGGACAUGAGGAUCACUUUAAUGCAACCAGGAGCCAGUCAGACGAUUUUAGAAGAGAAUCUCCUCCGCAAGUCCUCCCACCUCCAUCUCCAAGACUUGUCAAACGCCCCUCCACCUCUCCAAUGCCAAGUCGCUCUGGUUCAACUACACCUCUCAGCUGGCGGAAGAAAGCUGUGCCAACAGAAUACCAAGACACAGUGCCUGCGGAGUAUGAAGAAAAGGUUAAGCAGCCGAAAUCUAUGUCCCAAAGUAACACCCAGGAUUCCCGACCACAAACUCCACUGAGUGAGUACUCCCGGAAAGAAUUUACCCCCAGACCAUCCCCAAAGCUUACCAGAGCAAGUUCAAAAGUUUUUGAGAAGGUACGUGGUCUAGAAGAGCGGAGGCGAAGCCUUGAUCUUCCAGAAGGUUCCAUCUCGGGGAGAUCCUGGGCAGGGUUUAAUCAUGCUGGAUCUGUUGAUUCAGAUGAUGGAGGAAGUCGGUUGGGCAUCUCUAGAGAAAGUUCAAGGGAAGAUCUAAGAGAGGCUCUCAAAGAAGAUGCUGCUGAACGGAGAUCUAUGUUUAGACAAAGAGCUGCUUCGCUAGAGGACAAACCUCGCUACUCCCAAAAAGUUCAGGACAUUGAGAACAAGUUCACUGAGGAGCUCCAGCGUAUUAAAAAACUUGUUGGAAAACCUCAUCUGAAGAAAUCUUUUUCAACUGAGCAGCUCACCCUGAAGGCCAAGCAGCGCCAGCCUUUCAGGAAAAUUGAACCUAUUCCUCCACAAGUCCUUCAAAAACUCCAAGAAAGGGAACGAGCUCAGUCGGAAAAGGAACAGAGAGAAAAGGAACUAAAUCAGCAGCGAAUGCAGCAUGGACAGCAAACACAACAAGAACUGCAUUUUUACCCACCCCAAAAGAAAGCAAGCAGUGGUACAACAACUGUAACAGUCAGUAGAUUUGGAGAGGUUGCAGGCACCCCAGAGUCAAUGCAGUUGUCAGACUUACCAGGACAACGAUCAGUGAGAGAAUUAAGUAGAGUCAGUCCAGUUACAGAAAUCAUUCAGAGAUCAUCAUCACCAGCAUUAUACCAUCAGCAAAGGGAAGAGUCGCAAAGCAGAAAUGUGGCUGACAUCACAUUACGCAAAGUUGAGCGAAGACCCCCAAGUCCGCUUGUACAAAGGGUAUCACGGAUGCAAGAAUCCCCGCAUAUCCCUGAAUCUCUUGCGCAAACAUUGCAAAAAAAUGAUACAUCAGGAAGAAAGACACAAAUAGAAGUAGUAUCAAGAAAAAUCGAAAACAGACCAGAAAGUCCACUGGUACAAAAAAGAGCUGUCGUUGUGCAAGAUGUCCCCCUUCAAGCUCCUGCAAAACACCCAAGGAUGACACCACUUACUCCAAAAGAGGAGAAAAUGGAGGUGGAGCUCCCCAAACAGGCCUCUGGCAUAAGAAUCCCCACAAUUGUUGUUGAAGAUGAAAAAAUGAAGAAGGAUGUUCCUGUGAAGACAAGUGAACCUCAGCAGGUUACUGUAAGUGGUAAAGAGGGUCAACAGCAGAAGACCAAAGGAAGGAACCGUCGCUCUCGACCUUUGUCUCCAGAGUUAGAUUCUUCGGAUGAUUCAUAUGUGUCUGCUGAAGAGGACCCAAUGGAGGCACCUUUGUUUGAGUUUCCCCUUCAGGACACCGUUGCAUCGGCUGGUGCAGAUGUACUACUAAGAUGCAUAAUUGCUGGCACCCCAACUCCUGAAGUUACCUGGACGAAAGACAACAAAGAAAUCACCAGCAUUGCAAAUUAUGUUGUCAAAGUGGAGGGUGAACGACAUACUCUGUUCAUAAAAUCAGCUAAACUACAUGAUGGUGGAAAAUACUGCGUGACUGCUGUUAAUCCGGAGGGCAGAGCAUCCAGCAGUGCCAGCCUUACAAUUAAAGCAGUGUCUGUUCAGGAGCCAAAGGGGAUCCUAGCUUUACCUAUGGACAUCAGCAGCCCUAUUACAUCUGAUGAGGAGUAUCUCAGUCCCCUGGAGGAAGGCAUGGAUUUUGGAGUGCCAGAGCCAAGGAAGAUCCUCGACAUACGUUUCAAGAAUCCCCCUGCAUUCCUGGUAACAAUGAGUGAUCAAGCUGUCAUUGAGGGACAGGAAGUCACCAUGUCUGUCCGAAUAAGUGGACAACCCAAACCCAUGCUGUAUUGGUUGAGGGACAGAGUUACGGUAAAAACAGGCCCACGUCACAUUGUCCGUGAGACAGAAGAGGGCACUUUUGAAAUGACCAUCAAGUCAGCAGUGAAAGCAGACUCUGGGAUUUACACCUGUAAGAUCAUUAAUGAGUAUGGGACAAAGCAGUGCGAAGGGAAGCUGGAGGUAAAAGCACCAUCAGUUGAGCCAGGUCUGGCUGUCAUCCGCCCUGUCAAGGACAUCACUGCCAAUGCUGGAGAGACCGUUUUGUUUGAGUGUCAAGUCAUCGGACCGAAGGACACUGACGUGGACUGGCUUGCUGAUGGGAAAUUGAUCCAGCCGGCAUUACUCAACUGUAAGAUGCACUUUGAUGGAAGAAAGUGCCGGUUGCUGCUCAACUCAGUACAUGAGGAUGAUAGUGGGACAUACAUGUGCAAGCUCAGCACAGCUAAAGAGGAAGUGACUUCAUGUGGCAAACUCAAAGUCAUCCCCUCCAUUGAUCCUCUCUUCACUCGUAAGCUGGAUGUUCUGGAAGUGAUUGAGGGGCGUAACGCUCGAUUCGACUGCAAAGUCAGUGGGACGCCAUCUCCUAAAGUCAUCUGGAGCCACUUCGACCAUCAGCUCAUAGAAAGUGAGGACGUUCGUAUUCUGCAGGAGGGCGGCCGCCAUUCUCUGAUCAUCUCUCAUGUGACCAAUGACGAUGAGGGUUUCUAUACUGUCAUAGCCCGUAACAGUCAUGGCGACGCAGAGAGCUCUGCUGAACUUUACAUACAGGAACCACGGCCAGCCAUCUCCUCACAGAUGGCUAAACUAGAGAAGAUGCCAUCAAUCCCAGAGGAGCCAGAGGUCCCAGAGAAUGAGGUGGAGCGUUUCACCAUGCCUGACUUCAUCAAACCCCUUUAUGACCUGGAUGUGAUUGAGGGAAAGGAGGCUGUGCUCAAAUGUAAAGUGGCUGGAUUGCCAUACCCCACCAUUGUCUGGUUCCAUAAUGGCAAAAGGAUUGAGAGCACUGAGGACAGGAAGAUGACACAAUUUCGAGACGUCCACAACCUGGUGAUCCGCUCUGUGCGCCAUGCCCACGGUGGUGUCUACAAGAGUGUCAUCUCUAACAAAGUAGGAAAGGCUACCUGCUAUGCUCAUCUCUAUGUUACAGAUAUCCUGCCUGACCCUCCUGAUGGGACUCCAGUGAUUGAAUCAAUCACUGGUAAAACCAUCACCUUAAGCUGGAAGAAACCCAGGAGGCUGGACCCUUCCAUUGAGCCAAGUUCCUUGAUGUAUGCCAUUCAACAACAAGCCCUGGGCUCCAUCCAGUGGACCAUCAUAGCUUCUGGCCUUAAGGAGACCAUUUACACCAUCACCACCCUCUCCAAAAGUGUGCGCUAUGCUUUCAGAGUUCUGACCAUCACCUCCAAAGCCUUUAGCAAGCCCUCAUCUUCCACUGACCCAGUGCAGCUCCUUGACCGAGGUCCCUAUCUUCAGGAGGCUCCAGUGAUAAUUGAUAAGCCAGACAUUGUGUUUGUGAUGGAAAACCAGUCAGUCACCAUCCCGAUCACACUUAAUCAUGUCAACGCUGCCGUCAUGUGGAAAAGGAGGGGAGUUGUUAUAGCCAGCAAGCCAGGCCAGUACGAGAUGACAAUGCCAGAUGAUGACCAGCACAUGCUGAAGAUGGUAAAAGUGAGGAGUGCUGACAGUGGAGAGAUGACAUUUCUGGCCUCCAACAAGUAUGGCAGCAACAGCUGUGCCUUUAAUGUGGAGAUGGCAGCGCCACCAACAUUUGAAACCAUAAUGGAGGAUUUGGACGUUUGUGCUGGGGAAACUCCUCGCUUUGCUGUGGUUGUGGAAGGAAAACCCAUUCCUGACAUCCUCUGGUUCAAGAAUGAUACCCUGCUGUCCGAGAGCAGUCAUUACACAUUUGUGUACGACGAUAAUGAAUGUUCCUUGGUGAUCCUCAACGCUUCUUCAGAGGACUCUGGGGUGUACACCUGCACUGCUAGGAACUUGGCUGGAUCUGUGUCCUGUAAAGCUGAACUCACAGUUCACGAAGCUAAACGCAUGGCGGAUCCAAUGGAAGAUGAGGAGACUAUUCUAAGGAAAAUGCGCAGACUAACUGACCACUAUGACAUCCACAAGGAAAUUGGAAGAGGUGCAUUUUCCUAUGUGAAACGUGUGACCCAAAAGGCAGGCAAAAUGGAGUACGCUGCAAAGUUUAUCUCCACACAGGCCAAGAAGAAGGCCUGCGCAGUUAGAGAGAUGAAGCUGCUCUCCAAGAUGGAUCAUGAGAGAGUACUCUUCUUUCAUGAUGCCUUUGAGAAAAAGAAUGCCGUCAUCAUUGUCACUGAACUAUGCCAUGAGGAGCUUCUUGAUAGAUUUGCACGGAAAUCUACAUUAAUGGAGUCUGAUGUACGUUCAUGCAUAAGACAGUUACUUGAGGGACUGGACUACCUUCACCACAAUGACAUCAUACACCUGGAUAUUAAGCCUGAGAAUAUCCUCAUGGCAGACCUACAUGGAGAUCAGAUCAGAAUCUGUGACUUCGGCAACGCAGUGGAGAUCAUACCUGAUGAGGCUCAAUACUGCAAAUAUGGCACACCUGAAUUUGUUGCACCAGAAAUCGUCAAUCAGACCCCUGUGUCAAAAGCAACAGAUAUCUGGCCUAUUGGAGUUAUUGCAUAUCUAUGUCUGACAGGAGUUUCUCCAUUUGCUGGGGAAAAUGACCGCAGUUCUGUGCUGAACAUCAGAAACUAUAAUGUGGCCUUCGAGGAGCGAAUGUUUGCUGACCUUUGUCGAGAAGCUAAAGGUUUCAUCAUAAAACUGCUGGUAGCAGACAGGCUGAGACCUGAUACUCAAGAAUGUCUCCGACAUCCCUGGUUCAAGAUCCUUAGCAAGGGGGCAGCUAUAAGUACAGAGGCCCUGAAGAAGAUUUUGUCUCGCAGAAAAUGGCAGCGCUCUUUAAUCAACUACAAAUCAAAAAUGGUCAUGAGAUCUAUACCUGAGUUACUGAACGAUUCCUCCAGCCAUAUCUCCAUCGCCGUCCCCAGGCACCUUAAAGAGGGUUCACCUUUGCCAUCAUCGUCCUCAGAUUCUGAUGAAGACAUUGAUGAACUACCCUUUAUUCCAAUGCCACUUAACAUGGAAUUCUCUGGAUCGAGAAAGUCAUUGAAUGACAUCCAGACCACUGAGAAAGAGCCAGAGAAGCAGAAUGGAACAAGUAAAUGGUCUGGGUCCCCUGUUCAAGCCCAGGAAGCAAUGGAGCGUAGCCCUAAAGAAAUGGAAAAAGGAGGGGUUGAGUUAACAGGUAAAAGCCGCCAGCGGAAAAGAGCAUCACAAGACAAUAACAGUGGUUCCUCAGAUGAGGAAUCACCUUCUGAAUUACCGCAAAAAUCAGAGCUGUCUAGAAAACCUCUGCGAAGGGGUUCUAGCAUGGAGUCAGACAAGCCAGAGGGUGGACGACGAAGAGGAGAGCUAAGACGGGGGGGCUCAGCUGACAGUGCAUUGCUGCUCCGGAUUACACCUGAGGAAGGAGCAGGAGAGGCAAACCCAGAGGAUGGCAGGAGAGUUCUCAAGAAAGCUGUCUCUAUGGAACUACCAAGGAGGAGCACCAGCCCAGGAACUGCCAAGAUGAGUCAAGAAGAUUAUGCUCUUAAGCUGGAGAUGAUGAGACAGCGACUACUUCGUGGUGGCUCUGCGGACAACAAGUUGAGUGGACUGAGAGGACCUCUAUUGGAAAUGGGAAUGGGAGAUGAAAAAUUAGCAAUAUCCUCAGAUCGGUAUUCUCGUACUGCCCGUAUAGGCCCACCUCCACUAACUAGAGCUGCAUCCACUGAAUCUCCAAGGGACGAAGAUUCUAAACCCAAAGUUCUGCGCAAAAGUCAGUCUUUCAGUCAAGGUGAUUCAGAACCUAUACCUUUACACAGACGGUCAGGAGCUCCUCUGGAGAUUCCUCUGGCACAGGUAGAAGAGAGAAGGCUUAAGGAAGCGAUAUCCAUGUCAUCUCUCACUGAGCAAACCAAGCUAGACUCCCGUCCAGUGACUCCUAGGGACCCUUCUCCAAAACCGCCAACGCCAGAGUCUGUUGUGCAAGACAGUCCCACCAAAACAGAAAGUGAGGAGUCAUUCAUGGAGAGAGACACAAAGCCUGAUGAAACUAUAAAUGAAAAGAUGGAUGGGCUGACUACAGAUAGUAAUUUUGACGAGAGAUCGAGCACAAGUGGGUUCUCUGAGAAAGACAUGAGCAUAUCAGAAGAACCAAUGAAUGAGUCAGAGUAUAUGGGCCAAAGAGUUCCUACUCCCCCUCUUGAGGUCCCAAGCUCUAGAGAAGAGAAAAUGGAGGAAGAAGUAGAGGCAAAAGAGCAAGAAGAAAAAGAGGAGAUGAUGAAAGAAGAAGAGGAAAGAAUUGACAGUGUUGCUGAGUCAAAAGAAAAGGUAGAAGAAAAGGUAGAAGAGAAAGUAAAUUUGCCUUCUAAAUCUUCUGAGAUGAUAAUAACCUCAAGCUCAAUUAUGGUGAGACCAACACAAGAAUAUAACUUCUCUCCAGCAAAUGUUGUGUCAACUUUUGCAACAUCCUCGCUUCCUGCUCGAGUUGUUCUUCCAGACGGUAGCUCUUCAGCAUAUGCUAGUAUAAUGCAGACCAUCAUGGUCCCUGCGCUUCAGCCUCUUAAUGACCCACCUUUAGGCCCCUCUACACCUAUUGCGGUUCCAGUCACCUCACCAUCUUCAAUAUCAACUGAAAUAUUUGUACCCACAUCAUCACCUUCCAGCAUACCCUUUGCUUUACCUGGUCCAUCAAAGCCAGUCAUCUUGUCAACCACUGAGCACCCUGCUGUGUACUCAAGGGUAGCAUCACCAGAAAUGAUGACAAAAGAGCCCACUCCACCAAAGACUAUCACACAGUCCUCUUCCCAGCAAGAACUGUCAACAGGAGCUGCCAUUCAGGACAUAUCCUCUGAAGAGGUCUUUGAGGCCCGGUUCAAAAAACGUGAGUCUUCCCUUACAAGAAGCCUAAAAUUUCUGUCGCGGUCUAAGAAUGAGGACAAACCACAAGCAACCACAUCAGACCUUACAGAGUCUAGUGAGGAGAUAUACAGACACGGGCCAUUAGGUGCACCAUUGGAAUUAGCAACAAGGAGGCUUGAGGAUAGGUCAAAGUCAGUCCAGGAUCUUCGUGAAGCUCAAAAGGACCAAGGCUUUAUGAAAAGGCUCUCUAUGCGUCUGAAGAGAACUCCAUCAACUGAGCGCAAAGAGGAAAUGACCAAAGAAGAGGACUCAGCUCCCUCAAGACGUAGGCUUUCUUGGACUCUUGGUCGAAGAGGAUCACAGGAGAGGAAGGAGGUAGAGAUGACGCACAUGGAUAGCAAAGGAGAUACCUUGGCGGAACAAAAUGAAAAGGAGCAAAAGAAGCCUAACGAAUCCCCAGUCUUGACAAUGCGCCGGAAGAUUGAGUCAACAGUAGCUGGCAUCUCCACUAGAAUUCGUAGCUUCUCAGAGGAAAGGAGAGCAUCAGAAGACAAGGAGUCGAAGAGGACGCCCAUUCUCUCCAUGCUUCGUCGUGCAACAUCAGAGAGCCGUGCAACGAAGGUUGCCAGUGUUCCUCAGAACCAGCUGGCAUCUCAGGCUAGUAAUGGUGCAUCCUCAGAGUCUCUGGACUCUAUGUCCAGCCUAAAGUCAGACACAUCAAAGGGUGUUGAGGUUGAGAGAAGAUCCCGCUGGGAUCGAUGGGGCCUGACCAGAGGGAGGCGAGACAAGACGGUAUCACAGCCUGAUAUACCAACAGCAAUCUCCAGAGAUAAUAGUUCCUUACGUUCACGCCAGUACUCCAAACUGGCUUCUGAUUUCCCUCCAGUGUUCCACAUCAAGCUGAGAGAUCAUGUCCUGCUCGAGGGGGACCCAGUCACACUCAGCUGUCUACCAGCAGGCAGCCCCCAUCCAAAAAUCUCCUGGAUGAAAGAUAAGAAGCCCCUGGAGAUCGAUGCCAGGAUGAACAAUAUUUCCUGCCCCGAUGGCCGACAGCUACUGAUGAUCAUGCAGACCACCAAAAAGGAUGCAGGGGUCUAUGAAUGUGUUGCAACAAACCCCCUGGCCGCUGUGUCCAGCUCUUGUACUAUCUCACUUGCUCGUCUGCCCAAUCGUCCCGGGACACCUGAGAUUCCUCAGAAGUAUAACAACACAGCCUUGGUGGUGUGGAGACCCUCAGACAACAUGGCCCCCUGUACAUACUCUCUGGAGAGGAAAGCAGAGGGAGACAUCAACUGGCUGAUAGUGGCGACAGGGGUGGCAGACUGUUAUUACAAUGUGGUUGACCUGCCAGCAGGGGGCUCCUUCAGGUUCAGGGUGGCUUGUGUCAAUAAAGCUGGCCAGGGCCCCUACAGCAACCUCUCAGGAGUAGUAAGCAUGGAGGCUUUAGAACCAGCUAAAUCCAGUGCUACUGUGGUGGUCAGGACUGUCCCUGCCACCUCUCCUCCACCCCCUGUUGUGAUGAUGUCAUCCAUGAAAGUGCCUCCCAUUAAACCAGCUCCAAGUAAAUCCACAACACUGACACCUGCCCAACCUGUACCUCCCUCAACUUCAGCUCCUUCUCCAUCUGUGGCUAAAUCUGCUUCUCCAAUUACCAUCAAAUCCACUGUGCAAGUUGAUGCUAGCCGUCCUGCUGCAACACCGCCCGUUAGUACAGCCGCUCCUAAACAAGCUCCUGUUCAAACCACCACAACUGUCCAAACCACACCAGCCAAAGCCAAAUCCACACUUAGCAUCAGCGUAAGCAAACCCCAAACAAAGCUAGCGGUGCCCCCUGUUGUCCCACCCAAACCUAAGAGUCCUAUAAGCCCAGUCCCCCCCAUGACCAACACACCUCCCUCUCCUGUUCCACAAACUGCCCCUGUCAUAGGGAAACCUAUUUCAUCUGUGCCGAUGUACCGUGUUACGCCGCCCUCUCAAUCUGGUGCCACUCCGACAACCAGCACCCCGACAGUCACUCCGAAAAUCAUCUCCCCACCUGUUGUGGUGGUGCAGAGCUUGACACCUGUGGUGCAGGCAGGGGACAGUCGUGCUACCCCAUCAGGACGGGUUACCCCAUCAGGACGGGUUACCCCAUCAGGACGGGUCACACCUAUGGGACGCAGGACGCCAUUGGGGAAGCCUGGAGAGGGAUCUCUGCGCCAAGGAGUUCCCCAAAAACCUUAUACGUUCAUGGAUGAGAAAGCAAGGGGUCGUUUUGGUGUGAUCCGCGAGUGCCGGGAGAACGCCACAGGCAACCUCUUCUUGGCCAAAAUUGUUCCAUAUGAGGGAGACAACAAGCAAUCAGUGCUGCAGGAAUAUGACAUCCUCAAGUCACUUCAUCAUGACAGGAUCAUGGCUCUGCAUGAAGCAUAUGUCACGCCGCGCUAUUUAGUUCUUAUCUCUGAGUACUGCAGUGGGAAGGAGCUGCUCUACAGCCUCAUAGACAGGUACCGUUACUCAGAGGACGACGUGGUGACCUAUAUCAUGCAGAUCCUCCAGGGGUUGGACUACCUCCACACUCGACGCAUUCUCCAUCUGGACAUCAAGCCAGAGAACAUCAUCGUUACCUACAUGAAUGUCGUCAAGAUCAUUGACUUUGGCACCGCUCAGAGCUUCAACCCUCUCUUCCUCAAACAGUUCAGCCCUCCUAUUGGAACACUGGAGUACAUGUCUCCAGAAAUGUUGAAAGGGGAUGUGGUGGGGGCUCCAGCUGACAUCUGGAGUGUAGGCGUACUGACUUUUAUCAUGUUGAGUGGUAGGUCGCCUUUCCUGGAAAUUGAUCCUCAGCAGACUGAAGCCAGGAUCCAGGCAGCAAAGUUCGACCUCUCCAAACUCUACCAGAAUGUGUCCCAAAGUGCCUCUCUGUUUCUUAAAAAGAUCCUCUGUAGCUACCCUUGGGCCCGUCCCUCCAUUAAGGACUGCUUCAAUAAUUCCUGGCUUCAAGAUGCCUACCUGAUGCGCCUUCGUAGGCAGACUCUCACCUUUACAACCACUUGUCUCAAGGAAUUUUUGGCCGAACAGCAACGCAGGCGCGAGGCAACGGCCACCAAGCACAAAGUUCUCCUGCGGUCCUACCAGAGCUCACCACAAAGCCCAAAUGUGCCAACUUCACCUGCAACACCUGUCCCUCAGUGA